AAGAAACAUCAGCAGAGAUCCACAGGGAAGAGAACUCACCGCUGCUCUGACUGUGGGAAGAGAUUCACCUCACCAGCAGGCAUUAAAAUUCAUCAGAGAAUCCACACAGUAGAGAAACCUUACAGGUGUACUCAAUGUGGGAAGAGUUUUGAUACAUCUAGCCAUCUGAAGAUACACCAGAGAAUACACACAGUAGAGAAACCUUAUAGCUGUACUCAAUGUGGGAAGAGUUUUGAUACAUCUAGCCAUCUGAAGAUACACCAGAGAAUACACACAGGAGAGAAGCCUUAUAGCUGUACUCAAUGUGGGAAGAGUUUUACUCAGCUAAGCAACCUGAUAUCACACCAGAGAACACACACGGGAGAGAAACCCUAUAGCUGUGAUGAAUGUGGGAAGAGUUUUACCACGUCUAGCAAUCUAACUCUUCACCAGAGAACACACACAGGAGAGAGACCUUAUAGCUGUGAUCAAUGCGGGAAGAGUUUUACUCAGCUAAACAACCUGAUAUCACACCAGAGAACACACACAGGAGAGAAACCCUAUAGCUGUACUCAAUGUGGGAAGAGUUUUACUCAUUCAUCCAGCCUGAUACAACACCAGAGAGCACACACAGGAGAGAAACCUUAUAGCUGUGAUCAAUGUGGGAAGAGUUUUGUUACAUCUAGCUAUCUAACUGUACACCAGAGAACACACACAGGAGAGAAACCUUAUAGCUGUAAUCAAUGUGGGAAGAGUUUUGUUACAUCUAGCUAUCUAACUGAACACCAGAGAACACACACAGGAGAGAAACCCUAUAGCUGUAAUCAAUGUGGGAAGAGUUUUACUCAGUCAAACAGCCUGGUACAACACCAGAUAACACACACGGGAAAGAAAUCUCGUAGCUGUGACCAGAGAUACUCUGAUAAAAGAUCUCUGAUCAAACAUCAGAAAAUACAUACAUGAAGGAGUUGUUUCAUGAUAUAAAUGAA